AUGCAAUUGAUUCACGCGAAACACAUUGGCCGUGUGUGGCCAUCGCGGGCCAUCGCGACCUUUGCCAAAGCUGCACGAGCUUCCCCGAUCCUAGCUACACGACCGUCUCAGCCGUUUACAAGCCCAUAUCUCGCUCAAGCCACGCAGCGACGAAGCUACGCAGACACCAAGCUCGACUUUCCUGCCCUCGACAAGAAAUGGCGCCAGCAGUGGGAAGCUUCCAAAGCGCCUACCUCCGAAGAUGCCUCCAGCAAGCCUAACAAGUAUGUGCUCCCGAUGUUCCCAUACCCGUCUGGCACAUUGCACCUUGGCCAUCUUCGCGUAUACACGAUCGCCGACGUCCUCGCUCGAUACCACACGAUGCAGGGAUCCCGUGUCAUGCUGCCAAUGGGGUGGGACGCAUUCGGCCUCCCUGCUGAGAACGCGGCCAUCGAUCGUGGCGUUGCCCCCGCGGCAUGGACCAAGAGCAAUAUUGUCAAGAUGAAGGAACAACUAGAGGUCAUGAAUGGCAAUUGGAACUGGGAUAGGGAAUUGACCACUUGUGAUCCCGACUUCUAUAAGCACACCCAGAAGCUUUUCCUGAUGAUGCUCGAGCGUGGCUUAGCCUACCAGGCCGAAGCUGAGGUCAACUAUGACCCCGUUGAUAUGACGGUGCUGGCGAACGAGCAAGUCGACGCCAACGGGUGCUCCUGGAGAUCCGGUGCCAAGGUCGAGAAGCGGCAGCUCAAGCAAUGGUUCUUCCGUAUUUCCGAGUUUAGAGAAGCGUUGCUAAAGGAUUUGGACACCCUUGCCAAGGACGAAUCUUGGCCCGAGAGAGUCCUAGCCAUGCAGAAGAACUGGCUUGGCAAGUCGACUGGUGCCGUCAUCAAGUUCCCAGUCAUGGCCAUGGGUCAUGAUAUUCAUGCAGGCAUUGAGGUCUUCACGACGCGGCCAGAUACGCUCUUCGGAGUCCAGUAUAUUGCACUGGCCUCGACACAUCCCAUCGUCUCCCAACUGGCGAAGGAUGAUCCCGAGCUGCAGGCUUUCCUGGAUACCUUACCAGGACUACCUCGCGACUCCAAGGUCGGUUAUAUGUUACCACACGUGAGGGCUAUCAAUCCUCUGGCAUACCACGAAGAUACCCCCGACGACAGCAAGAAGUCUAUCCCUGUGUACGUCGCGCCGUAUGUACUCGGGGACUAUGGCGAAGGCGCUGUCAUGGGUGUUCCAGGCCAUGAUCUGAGAGACAACGCUUUCUGGAAGGAACACCACUACAACGAACCCGUAAGGUUCGUGAUUGCGGCAUCAGAGGACGAUACAACGUCCGCGAUGGCGAAUAACCCAUUUGUUGAGCAUGGUGUUAUGACAGCUGCCGGCGGGCCCUUCAAGGGAAAGUCCUCCGAACAGGCGGGCCAAAUACUCAUCGCCAUGCUUGAGGCGGCCGAACUGGCUAAGCCGGUCGAGAAAUGGAGAUUGAGAGACUGGCUGAUCAGUCGCCAGCGCUACUGGGGAACGCCGAUUCCCAUUGUUCACUGCGGUUCCUGUGGACCGGUUCCUGUUCCAGAUGACCAGCUGCCGGUUACCCUGCCUGACGUUGGCGACCAUUGGACGAAUGGUCAAGCUGGCAACCCCUUAGAAAGAGCAGAGCAAUGGGUCAAUACCAGCUGCCCCAAGUGCGGUGGCCAUGCCAAGCGCGACACCGAUACCAUGGAUACCUUUGUGGACUCGAGUUGGUACUACGCGCGCUUCGUGGAUCCUCACAAUGCAUCGGAACCCCUAUCUGCCGAAGCUGCAAAGGCCUUGCCCGUGGACUUGUACAUUGGUGGCAUCGAGCAUGCCAUCCUGCACUUACUUUAUGCCAGGUUCAUCUACAAGUUCCUGGCCACCACGCCGCUGUUCCCUAGCUCAGGCGAAGCCGACACUGUCCAUGAGCCUUUCAAGAGACUCAUUACGCAGGGCAUGGUGCACGGCAAAACGUACACUGACCCCAAGUCGGGAAAGUUUCUCAAGCCAGACGAGGUUGACUUGAAAGAUCCGUCGAAUCCCAAGGUUGUGGCAACAGGAGCCACGGCAAACGUGUCGUUCGAGAAGAUGUCCAAAUCCAAGUACAACGGAGUUGAUCCCACCGAGUUUAUCUCCAAAUACGGCGCUGAUGCGACACGAGCUCACAUUCUCUUCCAGGCGCCUGUAAGCGACAUCCUCAACUGGGAUGAGAGCAAGAUCGCUGGUGUUACACGUUGGCUCCAGAGGCUAUGUGAUCACGCGGCCAGCCUUCAGAAGACCCCAACCGAGGAGAAGUCUGUUGCAACAUACCUUGAGGAGCGGUCAGGCAACUUGUCCUCUAUGAACGAGGACGAGCUCGCCGCUUGGGAUGCUGACGCUGCCAUCUGGCGAGCCGUUCAAAACACCAUCAACUCUAUUACUCAGUCCUACGAGACUGUGUACUCCAUGAACACCAUCAUUUCAGACCUUAUGAGUCUGACAAAUACGCUCUUGGACAAUACCAAAGCAAGUGCGCUUAUCCAGCGAGAGGCCAUGUCGGUUCUACUUCGGAUGAUGGCCCCUGUUGCCCCUGCGGUAUCUGAAGAGUGUUGGAGCAUUCUCUACCCCAACUCCGGCUCCAUUUUCCAAUCCGCUACUUUCCCUGUGAAUGAUAACACCGCAUCGUUGCUGAAGCCCCGCACGCAACCUCUGGCUGUCCAGAUCAAUGGAAAGCUGCGCGGUGUCGUCGAGGUACCUAAUCCUCCUUCGGGUCUGGAGGGCGAGGCAUUACGGGAGUGGAUGGUGGCUGAGGUUCUGAAGUCGGAGGAGGGCAAGGCCAAGUUUACCGGAGGCCAGUUCGACGUGAGAUCGCCGAAAAGAGUCAUUGUGGCCCGUGGUGGUAAGACCGUCAACUUUGUAGUCUAA